AAACAGACAGAGAAAGACAGGCAGAGAGAGAGAGAACAUUGGCUGAAGUAAGAAGUGACAUUUGGAGAGAUUCCUCAACUCCCAGUGAGGCACUCUAUAGCCUUUCAACGAGUCUUAUCAGAACCAACUCGCAUCCUCCUCUGAGUGUACAUUUCACUCAAAUCAGCUCUACCAGCCCGAACUGGAACUGAGUUAGAGAUCCAGAACAAUGAGACAAGAAACACCUCUGUACUCUGAUGAUGACUUCACCUAUGAUUAUGAGGUUAUUAGAAGAGGAGGACUGAUCUUCGCUGCCGUGCUGUUUUGUUUGGGUAUUGCAAUCAUAUUCAGCAAAAGGCUCACCUGUGGGGAUAAACGGCCAACCAAGCCCAUGAACACAGAUGAACUUUAAACUCGGUGUGGCUGCACAGAGUCACUUUAAGCAGGUAACCUGAUAUGUAUGUCAGUCUAGUCCAAUCACCAACAAAGAACACUCCUGUGCCAACUGAAAAUGUGAGAUCCAGUAAUACUAAUAAUAAAAAUAAACACUGAUCAGUAAACAAC